AAAAUUAAUGCAUUAGGGAAAUUGGUUAAAAUUAUCCACAAUAACAUAUAAAAAUGAGAACGGAUAGACAAUUCCAGAUUGGGAAACAGUAGAGAGAACAACUAGAAAACCUGGAUAAUUAAUUGAUGGGGUAGAAGUCAUUCCAAUAGUAAGAUAUAAAAAUAAGUAAAAUAAAAUACUUCUUAUAGCAAAUUUCAGACCUCCUGUAAAUGGAUACGUUAUUGAGUUUCCAGCAGGAUUAUUAGAUAGUAAUAAUUUAUUUGAAAAUGCAAUUAGAGAAUUGAAAGAAGAAACUGGAUAUAUAGCUGAAGAAGUAAAAAUGUUAGGUUUUUCUCCUCCUUAAUAUACAGAUCCUUGGAAAAGUAACGAAUGUGGAUAAAUUGUGUGGGCAUUUAUUGAUGGAGAUAGGGAAGAAAAUUAAAAUCCAAAAUAAGAGUUGGAAAAGGAAGAAAAUAUUCACCCUUUUUUAGUUGAUUUAGAUGAAAAUAUUAUCAAGAAUAUUUAAAAUAUUAUGGAAACUAAAAAUUAUCUUAUUGAACAGAAAAUUUAUAUGUUUUUACUUGGAUUGUAAUUUAAAUCACUAAUUAUUUGA